AUGAAGUUCACCACCCCCCUUCUCUUGGCUCCGUUGGCUGCGGCCUUCCCAGCUGCCGUGCUGGAGCAGGCAGCACAGGAUCCAGCGCUCGCCGCGCGAGCAGCUGAGAUCAUGGACAUCUCGAAGAGACAAGAGGGUGCUGGUAGCGCCUCGGCCAUCUUCGAGGCCAACCCGACCUUCAGCGAGGACCAGCUCAUCGAUGUUGGUCCAGGUUCUGGUCACGAGUGGCAGGCUCCUCGCCAGAACGACCUCCGUGGUCCAUGUCCAGGACUGAACGCCUUUGCCAACCAUGGCUUCCUUCCACGAAAUGGGUAUGCCACCAUUCCCCAGUUCAUCGAUGCCACAACCAAGGUCGUCGGUAUGGGCCCACUCCUCGCCACUUUCCUCGCAGUCCUUGGCGCAAGCAUCGACGGCGAUGGUACAUCGUGGUCGAUCCACGGCACCCCACCACUUGGUGUUGGUGGACCACUCGCUCGAUUCGGCAACGGUAUCAGCGGAUCACACAACAAGUACGAGUCGGAUGCCUCGCCAACCCGAUUCGAUCUCUACCAAUCAGGCAAUAACUUCAAGGUCAACAUUGCCCAGUUCCAACAGCUCAUCGAUUUCUCCCCAAGCGGUUUCGUCGACUUAGAGUCCCUCACAGCUUUCCGAUCCCAGCGUUUCGACGAUCAAAUCGCCAGCAACCAAUACUUCUUCAAUGGACCCUUCACCGGUGUGCUCGUGCAGCCCGCAGCGUACACUUUCAUCUACCGUUUCAUGGCCAAUCACUCUGCCGAAGACCCCAUUGGCUUCCUUUCCCACGAAGUCCUGCAAUCUUGGUUCGGUAUUGAGGGCGAGUCCGGUUCCUACACUGUCAACCCCGGUGGCGAGCGUAUCCCAGAGAACUGGUACCGUCGAUCUCUCACCACCCCAUACGAGACCCCCUACUUCCUCGGCGAUGCUGCCAACGCCAUCCGUCUCCACCCUAAGUUUGCCAACAUCGGAGGUAACACCAACGGCGUCAACACUUUCACCGGCGUCAAUGUGAACGACUUCAGCGGCGGCGUCAUCAACGGCCAGAACCUCCUCGAGGGCAAUAACUUUGCCUGCCUCGCCUACCAAUUCGCCACUCAAGCUAAGCCAGAUCUUCUCGGUGCCCUCGGCGGUCUGACCACCCCAUUGCAAAACCUUCUCGGCCCAUUGUCAUGCCCACAGCUCCGUACACUUGACGCGCAACUCCUUCAGCAGUUCCCAGGUUACCAGCGCAGCACCAGGGAGGGUAUUACCAAGUAG